AUGCCCAACACCGCCGACCUCCAAGCCCGGUAUGCGCAAGAGCGCGACAAGCGGCUGCGACCCGACGGCUUUCAGCAGUACACGCGUCUUCCCAGCAAAGGAGACAAGCCGCUCGCCAAUGACCCGUGGAUUGACCAAGGGCAGCAACAGGAAGCGGGCCCACUCAAGGACGGUGAUAGCAUCCAGUUCCUCAUCAUCGGCGCAGGCCACGCAGGGCUGCUAGCAGGAGGACGGCUAGUAGAAGCGGGCUUCUCAGCGAAGGGUAUAUACCUGGUGGACGUGGCGGGCGGCUUUGGUGGAACAUGGUACUGGAACCGGUACCCAGGCCUGCAAUGUGACGUGGAGAGCUACAUCUACAUGCCUUUCCUCGAGGAAACGGGCUACGUGCCCAAACACAAGUACGCAUCGGGCGAUGAGAUCCGCCAACAUUGCGAGCGCCGCGACAUGGGACGAGGGACGGAGGCGCUGGGUGGUCCCAUGCGAAAGGAGCACGGCAAUGGCGAGGAAAUGACCAUCUUGACGCAGUUUUUGAUUCCAGCCAGUACAAUCUUCACAGAACCCAGAAUGCCCAAACUCAAUGGUUUCGACGAACUGCGCGCCAACAUCCCCGUCUUCCACACGGCACGCUGGGACUUCAACUGCACUGGCGGCUCACCGACAGAUGCUACUCUCUCCGAGCUGAAGGGCAGGCGCGUUGGCGUCAUCGGUACUGGCGCAACGGCGGUGCAGGUGAUACCACAGGUAGCACAUUGGGCUGGCCAUCUAUACGCCUUCCAGCGCACACCCUCGUACUGCGUGCCGCGUCGCCAGCAGGCCACAGAUGAUAGCACAUGGACACGUGACGUGGCGACGGGACCUGGCUGGCAGCGCGCUCGCCGGCUCAACUUCGACACUUUCUUCGAUGGUGAGAAGCAUCCAGCGGACCACCCAGACCUCGUCAGCGACGGCUGGACUCAAUUGGCGCGAGGUUUCGCGGGCUUCAUUGGGGGUCCGCGCCUUGUGACGCCCCAGAACGUAGAAGAGCACGCUCGCGCGCUGUAUGAAAUGGACGUGCCGCUAGCGGAGCAAGCACGAGCACAUGUGCGGAAUAGUGUGGUGAAGGACUCAGCCACGGCAGAGAAGCUACAGCCAUGGUAUCCUAUGUGGUGCAAACGGCCGACGUUCCAGGACGGAUAUCUGUCCGCCUUCAACCAGGAGAAUGUCACACUCGUAGACACGGAUGGCAAGGGCGUGGAGCGGUGCACGCCACGGGGUCUCGUUGCCAACGGAGUCGAGUACGAGCUUGACGUGCUGAUUCUGGCCACGGGUUUCCUGCUGGCAACGGGUGAAAACGCGGCGCCUGCCGAGCUCUUUGGCAUCCCCGUCAUUGGCCGCAACGGCCGCCGUCUCAAGGACAAAUAUGGCGCUGCCGACUUUGGUACGAUGCAUGGUAUCGUCACAAAUGGCUUCCCCAAUCUGCUUUACCCCGGUCUCGGCAACGGAGCAGGCUUGCCAAACCUCACCGCCGUCUACGACAUCGAGUCUACACAUCUCGCCAACGUAUUGAAGGAGGCUGCGCGUCAGGCUCGGGACCCUGCACAGCUUGUCAUCGAGCCGACUAAAGAGGCAGAGGAUGCGUGGAUGGACGAGAUAGAGAAGCGGGCGCUGUGGUAUUCUGUUGUGAUAGCUUGCACCCCAGGCUACUUCAACCACGAGGGCGCCACGUUACGCCUUGCUAAUAGCGACCCUGAGAAGCGGCGGCUGGCGAUGCGAAAGGUGCUUCAUGGAGGGGGCAUGGCUAUGUACGAGCGCAUAGUCCGCGAAUACGAUGCGAAGGGCGAUCUUGAGGGCUUCGAGGUGUCGUGA